GUGGUGGUGGUGAUGUGGUGAUGUGAGUGACCAGAGAAAAUAAAGAAAAAAAAAAAGAAAAUAUUUUUGAGAACUUUACAAAAAUUUCAUCAUAUUUUUUUCGGAAAUCCUUCUCAAAAUUUAGGGUCAGCAAUGUCCGUGUGUGUGUUCGUGCUACGCCUGCUGGCUCUUCUUCACGCUGCAGCGUGCUACCAGAGUUCUAUGAGCGUGGGCAGCAUGGGCGGCAUCCUACAGCUACGCCCCGCUCCUCACCCACGCUUCCUUCACGAUCAUCUCUCAGUCAACGUGUCUGUCCAGCUUGGCUCCACCGCCCACCUACACUGCUGCAUCGCGGGGCUCAGGGACCAGUCUGUGUCAUGGUACAGGAAGGUGGGAGAGGAGAUUCACCUGAUCACCUUCGGGUUCCAGACCUACCACAACGAUGACAGGUUCGCCAUGACAUACGAACAUCCACAUGAUUGGCGCCUCCGCAUUCGCUUCGUUCAACACCGGGACGAGGGAACCUACCAGUGUCAGGUGUCCACGCAUCCCCCCCUUACCAGGACUGUUCAUAUGCACGUUGUGGAGGCCUCCAUGCACAUUCUGGACGAGAGAGGCGUGGUGCUGAGGGAAAAAUUCUACCACACGGGGUCCACCAUAGAGCUCCAGUGCAGGGUUGCCAAUGUCCCCACAGCCACGGCCCUGCAGCUCACCUGGUACCGGGGGCGACAGAGGCUCAACUACGAUGCUUCCAGAGGUGGUGUGAGCGUGAAGACUGAGCUGAGGGGAAGCGUGGCUCAUUCGUGGCUGCGAGUAGGCAACGCUGUGAAGGAGGACUCUGGCACAUACUACUGCAACGUGACACAUCUCGCCGCCACCAGUGUUACCAUCCACGUGGUGCCAGAGAAGCACCCAGCGGCCAUCCAGGCAGUGGGCGCGGUGACUCCUUACGCCCCUCUCACGUUCAUCGCCGCCCUCACCCACGCCCUCACCUGCUCGCACGCCCUCACGCACACCCUCCCCCCCACCCCUCACAGAUAACCCCCCUACUGUGUGUGUGUGUGUGUGUGUGUGUGUGUGUGUGUGUGUGUGUGUGUGUGUGUGUGUAAAUAUGUGUUCAUGUGUGUGUUUUCUUAAAUGUUCAUGUAGGUUUUAGUUCAUUGUGUGUGUGUGUGUGUGUGUGUGUGUGUGUGUGUGUGUGUGUGUGUGUGUGUGUGUGUGUG